AUGCAUUUCUCUAUCCUCUCUUUCCUCCUGACCACAGCUGCUCUCACCUACGCGCAAUCCGAUAUCCUGCUCUCACAACCCCUGCAAUCCAUCUCGAAAAAUGCUCAAAGCGGACCUUUAUACACUUAUCCUACCGACCUGACCCAAGGCAUUCUCCCGAACCCGAUACACUCCCAUAACGACUACUGGCGACCGAUUCCCUUCUACUCCGCUCUCUCGAUCGGUGCCAUCUCGGUCGAAGCAGAUGUCUGGUUGUACGAUGAGACGUUAUAUGUCGGCCAUGAAGUCUCGGCUUUGAAGAAAGAGCGGACGUUUGAUCGCUUGUAUAUUGAACCAAUUCUGAGUGUCCUGAAAGCACAGAACCCGAAUUCCAGCUUUGUUGGAACUACGAUGACAAAGAAUGGUGUGUACGACACCAGUUCGGGACAGACGCUCUAUCUUUUCGUCGAUGUGAAGACGAAUGGGACGGAGGCUUGGCCGCAUGUGGUGAAGGCAUUGGAACCAUUGAGGGAGGCGGGAUACUUGACGACGUAUAAUGGGACGGGAGUUACGAGUGGGCCUGUCACUGUAAUUGGCACUGGAAAUACUCCCCUCAACCAAGUGCAAGGCGUCUCACCGAGAGACUACUUCUACGAUGCGCCGCUUGCUCUUUUGGGUUCGACAUUUAGCAACAUCACCGCUGACGUGAGUCCAAUCGCGAGCACGGCUUUCUCGGCGCAGUUCGGGGCUGUAAAGAACGGAACUCUCAACUCGACACAAGCAGCCACCCUGAGCAGCCAGAUCGAGACCGCGAGAGAAAAGGGCAUCGGUGCUAGGUAUUGGGAUCAGCCGAAUUGGCCGGUGUAUAACCGCAACGCGGUUCAUGAGCUGCUGUACGCGGCCGGUGUUGCACUUCUGAAUGCCGACGAUCUUGAGGGCGUCGCAGACCUCUAG